AUGGACAAGGGGAAAGCAGUGAUGGGGUCAGGGAGAAGAUGGGCCGUUGAUUUCACUGACAAUUCAACAAUUCCUUCUUCUCGUGAUAUCCCUGAUCCUCCUGGCUUCUCUCGGGCCUCUCAAGAUCAGGAUGAUUCGGCCGUUUCCAAGCAAAAAAAGGAUGCUGAAGCUAAUUGGAAAGCUCAGAAAGCUUGGGAAGUGGCACAAGCCCCCUUCAAGAAUUUACUAAUGAUGGGCUUCAUGAUGUGGAUGGCUGGAAAUACAGUGCAUCUAUUUAGCAUUGGGAUUACAUUUUCGGCUCUUUGGCAACCCAUAGGAGCUCUUCAAGGAGUUGGGAAGGUUUUUGAGCCUUACAAAGACAGUAAAGUGGAUCUUCUUGUACCUAAGUUAGUCUUUAUUGCCCUGAAUUUGGGUGGUUUAGCAUUGGGUAUUUGGAAGCUUAACUCAUUGGGGCUUCUUCCAACACACGCAUCAGACUGGGUUUCAUCCCUACCCCCUGCUAAGGAGGUCGAAUAUUCAGUUGGUGGUAUUCCUCUGCUCUAA